CUUACUUUCUUUGCAUCUCAGGCAACAUAGCUCAUCGCAGCCUCGCCUGAUGCAGUCUGGACCUUGACUGCUCUGCCCAAUCGACCUCUGCGGCAAUGGCGCAAGUGGCAGACCGUCAAUACUUUCCUCCUCUGGAGGAAUGCCUGAAUGGAGACACGAUCAUUAUCUCCUGGAAGCUCAUCGCAGCUGCACUGGCGGACAAAGAUGACUCCAGGCGGAAGAGCGAAGCUGUUGUGCAGUUUUUACAAGAUGAUUUCGUACGAGCACUCAUAAAAGAUCCGUCGACCGCCUUUGCGCCGCCGAGCGAUCACACCAAGUCGAACUUCGAGACGAGGACCGCCGCUAUACACGUCACUCCCAAACCGAACGACAAUUUCGACAUCAAAGUUAUCAAGGAGGAUGCGCAGUGGUUGAGCAAGAAUGCCAAGGUCAACCUCAUUGCUGCGCUUCGCGCGACAGUCAUCGAGUUCCAGUCGCGACCAGCGAGCCACCUGACAGGAACCCUCUCUUCCCAGGACAUAAUCAACCUCCAGGAAGCUUCUGGCGUCGCAAACGUACAAUCGUCGUCUUUCGUCCCUAUCGCUGGUGCCGCUCAGGAUGCGGAGACGAUCUGGGCAGAAUUCGAGAAAGAGGAGUCAAGGCGACAGCGAAUUUUCCAGACAUAUCUUGCAGAGAGACGCCACUUUCUGAUGACUGCUGCGUUGGUCCAGGAGAACGUGCUCUACACUCAACCUUCAGCGCCAGCCUCUGCUACUGAUCUUCCGAUCGCGACAACUCAGUUGAUCGCCGCGAACGAACGUCCCAAAUACCUCGAAAAUCUGCUCACGACCUACUUGCAGUAUGCCACUGAGGCUAUUGGUCGACUGGCCGAGGGGCUCGAAGCAGUUGUGGAAGAUAAAAGCCUGCUGGGAGAAGAAAUUGAGCUGGAAUGGAUGCGGACAGCACUCACUGAAGUUGUACACGCCUUGUCGGUCGUUUUUCAGUCAGUCGAUGGCAGUGGUGACGAUUUUGUACCAUCCGCGGUGGUCGGCCAGUGGUUUUCCUCAAUGGAUAACUAUGGUUUUCUCAACGGGAUUACUGCGCCGACUGAUGCCAUUGCCUCCCUAAUCAUGCCCCUGAGAUCUCUCAUCUCAGCCAUAUCCAUCAAGCUCCUGAACCCUACACGAUCCAUCGAGUGUCUCGCUGAAGAGGCCCCUGAAUAUCGCGGAGACGAGGACCCCUACAUUACUGCUCCGUCAGUAUUGGAGCAAGUCCACAAUGCAAUCCUCGCCGCAGCCAGUGCCGAUUGCGAGAGCCAAAGCCCCAUCAUAUUUGCAUGGACCGUCGUUGUCCACCGCAUGUUCUAUUCGCAUCACGACCGAAUCGAAAAGCGAGAUGCGCUACAGAACCAGCGAUCUCAGGAGACUUUCGAGGCUGGUGUCUUGAUUCGGCCCACUACCGCUCGCCGUCUUUCUGCAGGGAGCAUUGUUUCUCUCGACGGCAAGUCAUUUGACAUUUUCCUGACCAAUGCGGGUCUGGAUAAGGACUUGCAGGUUGUGGAGCAGCUGGCAGUAGCUGUCACAUCGCAUGGACGAGCUUACGAAGUCUUGUCCGAGAUGGCACUGGCUAUUGGGGCCUCCAGUGACGGAGCCUUCUCGGCACUUCUGAGUUCCAGAAUCCGGCUUUCGUAUGUCGACUUCCUCAAAGCCACAUAUCCCCUCGUAGGGUAUCAGUCAGACUCUGUCACCUCUCUCCUUUCGGUCCUGGGAGCUGGUCAGCAAUAUUGGGACCUUUCGAAGCCUUCGCUGCACGCCUCAAGCGACAUUUUGGCCGAGGUGCUCCACGACGAUGCUGCACUCGAAUAUUACUUCCACCAGGCCCUCAACCGAUAUCCAUUUGAGUUGCUGCCAUUCCUCAAUCUUUGCAGGACUUUGGCGAACUGCACCGUUGCUGACGACCGGAUGGAUACGGUAGUCAACCUCUUGCGCAAAACCCCAUCACUUACCUUCAUUCUCCCCGAUGACUACCAGCAGUACGAGCUAGCCCAGGAGGAGGACAACACCAACACAUUUUACCUACUCGAAGACAUACCGCUUUUCACGCCUGCCACGGCAUGGAAUCGCAGAACUCGGGUGGACGACGCAUUUAGGAUACCUGCGGAAACAGUGGGACGCUUUGUGACGGAUACGGGUCGCGUGGUUCUAAUGGAGUAUGAGCACUCUGCUCUUGCUUUGCUUGGCAAGAGGCUCGAAAUCCAACUGGCACCCGAGACUUACCGCAGCGAGCUGGAUGCGUUCCAGCCAGAGGAAACCGCAGAAACCAUUGCUCUCUUAGCAACACUACUGCGUGCGGAGGUACUGAAGUCUGAAAAGCAGGGCUUGAGCGGCGAAACAUCGCUCAAGUCGGGACAAGAGCUUUUGGAAGAGAUUGGUAAGCACAUCUCCGGGAACAAAGACCUUGUGGCGGUUGUCUGCGAGACCAUGGAUGCCUAUAUGCAAGACGAGAAGGCGACCGAAGGACAGGGCAUCGCAGUGCUCAACUCAUGCGUUCAAUUCCUACAUGCGAUCCUGCCGCUUUGCCCCACGAGAGUCUGGUCUUACUUGGCGCGUUGCGAACUUCUCAAUUCGGAAGCCCAAGCAGGGAAAUUGGCAAAGAUCACCGGUAAUCUCGACUUAGUUGGGGAGCGAUAUGAUCUGUUGCUGUCGGCUGUACGGCUUUUUUCUAGCCUCAUUGACAGCGUCAAGAGCAGCGCUGUUCAACGCAAAUCCGGCAACAAGCUGGUUGGACGGCAGAAAAUAUCGAACAACGUUUGGCUCGGCGUGGCGGACAAAGUCUUGGGCAAAGUCAGUCUCGCAAUUGCUCAAGCCGCGGUUGACGUCUUUGAGACCUCCUCAACUUGGCGCUUCGGAUCAGAGCUUCACAAAGCACUGCUUAUUCGGCACGUUGUCCCUGUCAUGGAUCAGAUCAUCGAGCACACCUACGGGAUGGGUGACCAAGAGAGCGCGGAUACGCUGGCGGCUUGCUUGGAACCUGCAGCGUCCUACAUUAUAGAUGCGUUCCUCUCGCCCUCAACAGGGUCUCUUAGGUUCCAGCCGCUCCUCACGACUUUGGUCAAUGGUCUCCAAAUCCCCGACUCAACGUUCUACCAAGAUCGACUAGCCUCAGCUCAGGAACAGCUCACAUGCGCUUUGCGAUUCACGACAACCUUGCUACGUGUUGCGAGCUACCUAGACAGGCCAUCAGCGACGUUUGAAGAACACCUCUUCAAGACGUCAUCGAUUUUGGCGAGGUUAUGUGCAAUCUGCGAGCAAUUCCGGCGACCAGCAUUGCUCCUCCUGGAGGCUCUGGUGCUGAGUGCUGCCAAAGCUCAUGAUGAUCCUCCUUCCCUUCUGGGAUACCUAGGUCCCCUUUUGUCACGGUCAUUUAUUGAAGUCUUGUCGCGACUCGACAAGCCCUUCCUCGUUGCGAAGGAUGUGCAGACAACGUGGAAGUUCUUCUCUACGAUUGUACAGAAUCGCCAGCAAUGGCUAUCAAACUGUCUCUUGACAGGCAAGACGCCUAGAGAUGCCCUCAAGGGCGUCAAAAAGGACGCUUCAUCGACGCCCAACUCGGUGCUAGCGACUGCCUUUGCAAAGCUGAAGAAGAUCAAAGAGUUGGAAACUGGCGAGGCAGUUAGGAUCCUCGAUUUCGUUGCAUCAUCUCAGAACCAUUGGCCUUGGACAAUCUUCACCAUGCAAAAAGACUCGUCCUUCUUGGACUCUCUGCGCCUUUACGUCAAGGACCUCAGUAGCUUUACUGUCACAAGCAAGACAGAUGCUGUCAAGGCUGCCACAGAUGCCAAAAUGGCCGCUUACAUUGCCGAGAUAUUCGCCAUGCAGCUAUAUCACUUACGACAGAUGGGCGGAGCCGACACCUUCGCCAAGAGCCUAGUAUCUGACCUAGACUACUAUCUAAGGGACGGCGUAGAAGUUUCGAGCUACAAUACUUCUCUGCACAGCAACUUUGCCAAAAACUUCACAAGCAAAUACCCCGGAGUUUCGUUAGAAGCUUUCAAAAGGACAUCACUGAGACCUGGCGAGCUUGGCAGAAGCUAUUUCUAUGAUUUGGAGAGUGCAACUGAGAUGUUGAGCUUCGAUCCAGGCUGGCACGGUCGUCGCAACAACGGAUUCCGUAACGAGAUGGGGAUUGCCAACGCCAACCUGUCUCUAGUUGACGCGCAGAUUUCGCUGUUCCACGCAUGGGAAUACCUGCUUCUUGAGAUUAGUAGCUCUCUUGCAGAAAACGAAACCAUUGCCAGACAAAUGUUGCAAGUUGCGCAGCAAUGUCUUGAGGCGAACCGGUCCAACCAAGGCCCAGAAAAUAUCUUCAUGCGGAUUGUGGAAGAGCGAGCUGAUCUGAGCUUGCUUCUCGUUCAGCGUCUCGUUGGCCGUCCCAUUUCAUCUCACGAUGUGAACCAGCUUCUGGGGACAUUGUUCACCAUCAUCAGCGCUGUUGAGGAGCCCUUCAACCCGGAAUCAAUCUCGUACUACCGCACCAUGCUCAAGGCAAUCUACGUCACCCUGCGUGCGUAUAGUGCUGCGGAAAAGAAGUCCCUGGGGGCCUCGAAGAACGGAGGUGACGGCUUCUCGAUCACGCUUACUCAGACUGUUCUGAACCUUCUCGACCGAGUAGUCGCAAAGGGGUUCAGAACUCUCGUUGCCCUUGUGCACGAUUCCGAGGCUGCCGUUGCACCUGAGGACCUUGCUCUGCUUACGGCCAUUUUGCAAGCUUGUCUCAACAUGCCAACCAUUGACCAAUGUCAAACACAGAUACUGAACAUUAUGGCAUCAUAUGAUGCCAUGCACGCAGCGACAUCACUUUUCUCUUGGGCUGACAAACUUUCCAUCAACGGCGACCCGAUCUAUGGCGAGUUGAGCUUGCUCUUUUUGCUGGAGCUCUCUACCCUGCCGGCGGUGGCAGAACAGAUGGCUUGCGACGGCUUACUGAGCCACCUGACUUCGGCAGGCAUUACCAACUUUAUGCGCCGCGGAAACAUCUCUCCCUUCUCGGAAGCUGUUGGACCCCAGCGAUGCUACAGCAUCUGGGUCAAGGGUGUUCUGCCCCUGUUGCUGAAUCUUCUCACUGCCCUGGGCGGAACGGUUGCGCCUGAACUGGGUUACGUCCUUAACCAGUUCCCUCUGCUUCUCAAGUCAAGUGUCGACCGAUUCGAGGCACCUGGCGCCAGUCGUACAGCAUCGAGAGAGACGCCGCACUACGUGACGCUCCUUGCAGUAUCAGAGGUGCACUCUCUUGCUCUGUUGACAAGAGUCAUCGCCGCUUUGCGAACUGCCAACAACCGUGAUAUCCCAGAGAUCCAAUGGGAUGCUGCCUCCCUUUUGGAAAACAUUGACUUCUGGUUAUCGAGCCGCAAGUUGCUGCGCGACAGACUUCUGCCGCUGGGCCAGCGUGAGGUGGAGUGGAAGAGCAUCAAGACUGGCGCGUCGGAUGAGAAUGGCCAGCCAGGAAAUGUCUUGGAGAGCAAGGUCCUCUCGCAGUUGGAGGCUGUGAGGGAUGUAUUAAGCGAAGACCUCGAAGAGUCUUGAGGAAGGAUGAGGAGGGACGUUGAGAUAGAGAUAAUGAAGCCGAGGGGUUAUCGUCGGCCACAAGGGAAUGAAUGAAUUGGAGGGGAACAACGACAAAAAGGGUUUUAGGCGUUCAAGUGUGUAGGAUAAACGUGGGU